AUGGUGUCUCAACAAACUAUCAACAAGGUCAAAGAAAUGAUCAACGAAAAGGAAGUCUUUAUCGCUUCAAAAUCUUACUGUCCAUAUUGCAAGAAAGCUAAGAGUACUCUUUUCAAAGAUUACAAAGUCCCUGAAAGUAAAGCGUUGGUCCUAGAAUUAGAUGAAAUGACCGACGGUAGAGACAUUCAAGAUGCUUUGUAUGAAAUCACUGGUCAAACUUCUGUGCCAAACAUCUUCAUUGAUGGUGCUCAAGUUGGUGGUAAUGACGACUUACAAGUAUUGAAUAAAAGCGGUAAACUAGAUCAAAUGCUACAGAAGGUUGUUAACUGA